CGUCACACCAGAUGGCUUGACUCGGCUCCUGGACUCUGGAUGUUCCCGGGAUCACAGAAGGCUGGAACUCUAGGAGCCGGGGAAAACUGGGAUCUACGUCGCUGUCUGACGGCGGAAUGACGGACCGGGAAUCGGUUCCGAUCCCGGCGGAGGUUCGGGCCAAACUGGCCGAGCUGGAGUUGGAGUUGUCCGAAGGUGACAUCACACAGAAGGGCUACGAGAAGAAACGCUCACAGCUGAUUGGAGCAUUUAUCCCUCAGACGUCAGGGAUGGAUCCGGUCCACGGGCAGGACAGAAAAGCUGCUGCGUCCUCGUCCUCACGCUACCAGCGCCGCCGCUCCUCAGGAACCAGAGACGAGCGCUAUAGAUCAGAUGUGCACUCGGAGGCCGUGCAGGCCGCGCUGGCCAAGCACCAGGAGAGGAAGAUGGCAGUGCCGAUGCCAUCCAAGCGACGCUCCCUGGUGGUCCAGACGUCAGUGGAGGCCUACACACCGCCUGACACAUCGUCGGACUCCGAGCGAGACGGUGAAGGAGACGAGGAGGAUGAGGGGGGCGACGAGGAGGAUGCUGGAGGAGGAGGAGGAACCUCGUCCAGCCGGGAGGGCAGUGUCAGCAUGGAGCACUGGAUCAGUCGGGCCAUCCACGCGACCUCCUCCACCACUAACACCACCUCCUCCACGGCCUCCUCCUCCUCCACACGCAGCAGUAGCAGCGGGGCGGCCGGCGGUCGGCUGGCGGACGUCCUCGCUCAACACAUGCACAUCUCCGCCCAGCGCCAGCAGCGCCACCAUCACAGGGCCGAGCACCACUCCACACCUCCAGACGUCACCGGCUACUCCAACAACACGUCCCACAUCUCUGCAGUGGAUGGGGUCCAGGUGGAGAGGAGCUCGGGGCCUGGCUCCGUGGGUCACAGACAGACCCCUAAGUACGGCAACGCAGAGCUGAUGGAGACUGGAGACGGGGUUCCGGUGAGCAGCCGAGUCUCCGCUAAGAUCCAGCAGCUGGUCAACACACUCAAGAGACCCAAGCGGCCGCCACUGCGAGAGUUCUUCGUGGACGACUUUGAGGAGCUUCUAGAGGUCCAGCAGCCGGACCCGAACCAGCCCAAAGCUGAAGGUGCCCAGAUGGUGGCAGUGCAGGGCGAGCAGAUGGGCGUGGUCACCAACUGGCCUCCCUCCCUGGAAGCGGCCCUGCAGCGGUGGGGCACCAUCUCCCCCAAGGCUCCCUGCCUUACCACCGUGGACACCAGCGGGAAGCCUCUCUCCAUCCUCACCUACGGUAAACUCUGGUCCAGGAGCGUGAAAGUGGCCUACAACCUGCUGCACAAGCUGGGGACCAAAGUGGAGCCGGUGGUGAGACCCGGAGACCGGGUGGCGCUGGUCUUCCCGAACAAUGACCCCGCAUCCUUCAUGGUGGCGUUCUACGGGUGCCUGCUGGCCAAUGUCGUCCCCGUCCCCAUCGAGGUGCCUCUGACCAGGAAGCAGGAUGCAGGCGGGCAGCAGAUCGGCUUCCUGCUGGGCAGCUGCGGGGUGACCGUCGCGCUGACCAGCGACGUGUGUCAUAAGGGGUUACCCAGGAGCCCCACCGGAGAGAUCCCGCAGUUCAAAGGUUGGCCCAAAAUCCUGUGGGUUGUCACCGAGUCCAAACAUCUGUCCAAACCGUCCCGAGACUGGUUCCCCCAAAUCAGAGACGCCAACCACGACACGGCGUACAUCGAGUACAAGACCUGUCAGGAUGGCAGUGUUCUGGGGGUGACAGUGACCCGGGUGUCCAUGUUGGCCCACUGCCAGACUCUCACACAGUCCUGCUGCUACACUGAAGCAGAGACUCUAGUCAAUGUCUUGGACUUCAAGCGGGACGUGGGUCUGUGGCACGCAGUCCUCACGAGCGUGAUGAACAUGAUGCAUGUGGUCAGUGUCCCGUAUGCCCUGAUGAAGGUCAACCCGCUGUCCUGGAUCCAGAAGGUCUGCCAGUUCAAAGCUAAGGUGGCGUGUGUGAAGUCUCGGGACAUGCACUGGGCUCUGGUGGCUCACCGGGACCAGAGAGACGUGGACCUGAGCUCCCUGCGCAUGCUGGUGGUGGCUGACGGUUCCAAUCCCUGGUCUGUGUCCUCCUGCGACGCCUUCCUGAAUGUCUUCCAGACCCGAGGUCUUAAGCCUGAGGUCAUCUGUCCCUGCGCCAGCUCACCUGAGGCGCUAACCGUUGCCAUGAAGAGACCAGCAGAAGAGGGAGGUUCGCCCGUGGGUCCAGUCCAUCCAGGAUCCAGAGGGGUUCUGUCCAUGCAGGGUCUGAGUCACGGCGUGAUCCGGGUGGACUCGGAGGAGAAGCUGUCGGUACUGACGCUGCAGGACGUCGGGUCUGUGAUGCCGGGAGCAACCAUGUGUGUGGUGAAGAUGGACGGUCUUCCUCAACUGUGCAGAACCGACGAGGUGGGGGAGUUGUGCGUGUGCACCCGGGCCACUGGGACGUCCUACUACGGUUUGAGCGGCAUGACCAAGAACACCUUCGAGGUCUUCCCACUGAGCAGCAGCGGCGUCCCCAUCUGUGAGUUGGCCUUCACCAGAACCGGCCUGCUGGGCUUCAUCGGACCAGGCGGUCUCGUUUACGUGGCCGGGAAAAUGGACGGACUGAUGCUGGUGGGCAGUCGGCGGCACAACGCCGACGACCUGGUGGCCACUGCGCUCGCUGUGGAACCCAUGAAGUUCGUCUACAGAGGGAGGAUCGCGGUCUUCUCCAUCUCUGUGCUUCAUGACGAGAGGAUCGUUGUCGUGGCAGAGCAGCGUCCGGACUCGACAGAGGAGGACAGUUUCCAGUGGAUGAGUCGAGUCCUACAAGCCAUAGACGGGAUCCACCAGGUGGGGGUCUACUGUCUGGCCCUGGUGCCGGCCAACACCCUGCCGAAGACCCCUCUCGGGGGGAUCCACCUGUCAGAGACCAAGCAGCUCUUCCUGGAGGGGGCGCUGCACCCCUGUAACGUGCUGAUGUGUCCCCACACCUGCGUCACCAACCUGCCCAAGCCUCGGCAGAAGCAGCCAGAGGUCGGCCCAGCGUCUGUGAUGGUCGGGAAUCUGGUAUCGGGCAAAAGGAUUGCUCAGGCCAGUGGGCGAGACCUGGGCCAGAGUGAAGACCAUGACCAGGCAAGGAAGUUCCUCUUCCUGUCAGAGGUUCUUCAGUGGAGAGCGCAAAGUUCUCCAGACCAUCUUCUCUACACGCUGCUGAACUCGAGGGGAACAGUCUCCAGCUCGCUCUCGUGUGUUCAGCUGCACAAACGAGCAGAAAAAGUGGCGGCCAUGUUGGCGGAGCGAGGACACCUGCAGGCUGGAGACCACGUGGCGCUGGUGUAUCCCCCAGGCAUCGACCUCAUCGUGGCGUUCUACGGGUGCCUAUACGCCGGAUGUGUCCCCAUCACGGUGCGACCGCCACACCCGCAGAACAUCAGCACCACCUUGCCCACCGUCAAGAUGAUCGUGGAGGUCAGCCACUCUGUUUGCAUGAUGACAUCACAGAUCAUCUCCAAACUGCUGCGGUCCAAAGAGGCUACUGCUGCUGUCGACCUGCGGAGCUGGCCGCCGGUGCUGGACACUGACGACCUGCCAAAAAAAAAGCCUGCGCUGCUCUUCAAACCCUCCAAUCCAGAUCACCUGGCUUACCUGGACUUCAGCGUGUCCACCACUGGGAUGUUGGCUGGGGUCAAGAUGUCUCAUGCUGCCACCAGCUCCUUCUGUCGCUCCAUCAAGCUGCAGUGUGAGCUGUACCCGUCCAGAGAGGUGGCCAUCUGCUUGGACCCGUACUGCGGCCUGGGCUUCGUGCUCUGGUGCCUCUGCAGCGUGUAUGCGGGUCACCAGUCCAUCCUCAUCCCGCCGUCAGAGCUGGAGGUGAACCCGUCUCUGUGGCUGUCGGCGGUCAGUCAGUACAAAGUGCGGGACACGUUCUGCUCCUACAGCGUCAUGGAGCUCUGCACCAAAGGUCUCGGGGUGCAGACGGACUCGCUCAAGGUGACGACUCGCUUCUCACUCUGUCACGAACAGUGUCGGGGGCUGGACUUGUCUCGAGUGCGCACCUGCGUGGUGGUGGCGGAGGAGCGACCCAGGAUCUCGCUGACUCAGUCCUUCUCCAAACUCUUCAAAGACCUGGGCCUCCACCCGAGAGCCGUCAGCACCUCCUUCGGCUGCAGGGUCAACCUGGCCGUCUGUCUGCAGGGAACCUCGGGACCCGACCCCACCACAGUCUUCGUUGACAUGCGGGCGCUACGCCACGACAGGGUGCGACUUGUGGAGCGGGGGUCUCCCCACAGUUUGCCCCUCAUGGAAUCCGGAAAGAUCCUGCCCGGAGUCCGGAUCAUCAUCGCAAACCCUGAGACCAAAGGACCAAUGGGAGAGUCUCACCUGGGCGAGAUUUGGGUCCACAGUGGACACAAUGCCAGCGGCUACUUCAGCGUGUACGGGGACGAGGCGCUGCAGUCGGACCACUUCACCUCAAGACUCAGUUUUGGGGACACACAGACUGUUUGGGCCAGAACUGGCUACCUGGGCUUUCUGCGCCGGACCGAGCUCACCGAUGCCAGCGGGGAGCGGCAUGACGCGCUGUAUGUGGUGGGCGCCCUGGAGGAGGCCAUGGAGCUGAGAGGGAUGCGUUAUCACCCCAUCGACAUCGAGACGUCGGUCAUCAGGACUCACAAGAGCAUCACGGAAUGCGCCGUCUUCACCUGGACUAACCUGCUGGUGGUGGUGGUGGAGCUGGACGGGUCGGAGCAGGAGGCCCUGGAUCUGGUCCCACUGGUUACCAACGUGGUUCUAGAAGAGCAUUACCUGAUCGUGGGAGUGGUCGUGGUGGUGGACGUCGGCGUCAUCCCCAUCAACUCGCGUGGCGAGAAGCAGCGGAUGCACCUGCGUGACGGCUUCCUGGCGGAUCAGCUGGACCCGAUCUACGUGGCCUACAACAUGUAGCGCCCCCUGGUGGCCACUGUGUUGCCCAGACUCUCUCGACUGUUGGACUUUGUGAAGCCGAAUGUUUAUGAGGAGCCGUCGAGGAAAAAGACGAUUGUUUUAUCACUUUGUUUUAUGACGUCAGAGAGCGACGUCACCUUUUCAGCGCCGUUGUUUUAUGAGCAAAACCUGUAAGUAUGUACAAACAACCUGUUAUUUAUUUUCUGUUCCGCUGUUUGAUAAGACGUUUAUUAUUGUGAGUGAGGUUGCAGAAUAAAAUAUUUGACAUAGACUACCAAAUGCUUCUAUAUGAGGAAGGACAAGGUUGUCUACGUGAAUAUGAUGAGGUCAUCCGAAGUUGCAGGAUGGUUUGACUGACAAAGUUAGAGACGUUUGUUUUGUGUCUCAUUUCAGGUCCUCAAAACCAGACCUGUGAGAUGUUGUUUACGUUGUUUAUUAGCACAGAGAGAAAAUAAAAACUAAACAGUAUUAAAAAA